AAACAUUUCCUAGUGGCCUUCAUAUCAUAACUAGUAAUGACUCAAAAUAAUCCUAUAUCUCCUUCCGACAAUAUAUUGUCAUCUAGUUCAAAUAAUAUAACUCCUAUUUCGCCUCGUGCUAAUUAUAAAUCAAUUAUAAAAUCGUUCAUAUCUCGUCUUGUCAUAAUAUAUGCAGUAUCAACCUUUUUUAAAAAUCCCAAAGAAUCGCAAAAUAAUUUAAAUACAACAGCGUUGAAGUGUAGACCAUCAAAUAUUUUACUUUUAGGGGAAAUUAUUGAUUUUUAUGUUUACACAUCUGAAAAUGGAGAGCUUAACUCAUUUGAUAAUUUAUCAACUCUAAUUUGGAAUGAGAAUGGCAUUGAAUAUGGAAAUUGGUAUCAAGGUUCUCAUCAUGAUAGUUCUUAUAUAUUUUCUACUAAGCUACCUGUCACAUCAGCUUUGAAUAAUAAUGGUUCAUUAUAUGCAUAUUUUUACGUGGUCAAAAAUGGGAAAUCUCCUAAUCCCAAAAGCUCAGAUUUUGACCCAAAGUUUACAUUCUAUGCCAAAAAAAGACUGAAUAAAUAUAAAAGAAAAUUCUAUAAAAAAACACACAACUUAUUAUCAGGAGAAACUGAUGAUGUGGAGGGAAAACUGAAAGUUGAAAAUGGAACAAAGUCAGAAAUCCUUUCUCACUGGCAUUCCAAUUUAACCAUCAACUUAUUAGUAGACAACACAACUUGGGUUCAAGGACAUAUACCUCAUCCAAUUGAUGAAUACAUAGUAUUUGAUGAACAUGAUCCCUGUUAUUACAAACCAGUCUUAUACGUUAAUGAUUUUUGGAAUUUAGCUUCUGAUUAUCAACCAAUUAAUUCUUCAAUCGACUUUUUAAAUCUGACGUUAACCUUCAGUCCGAUAUCCCUUUUCAAAUGGCAAAUGUACGUUUCCCAAAAUGUAAAAAACAAAUGGAUGACUAUGUUAACUGAAGGUGUGAACUUGGGUAGUUCUCAAGCCAAUACAAGUAACCUUGCAGAAGAUCUUGAUUCCCAGGAUGAAAGUAAGGAUGCGUUUAAGAAAGCGCUCCUAGACACUAAUCCAUACCUACUGGGCUUAACUAUCAUAGUCUCUAUUGUGCACAGUGUUUUUGAAAUAUUAGCCUUUAAGAAUGAUAUACAGUUUUGGAAAAGUAGGCAGAGUUUAGAAGGAUUAUCUAUAAGGACCGUCUUUUUCAACAUAGUGAGUUCUCUUGUUGUUUUGUUGUAUGUGCUAGAUAAUGAAACUAAUUUUAUGGUCAGAGUUACUGUAUUCAUUGGGAUGUUGAUUGAAAUUUGGAAAAUUACCAAGUGCGUAGAUAUCAAAUUAGAUUUUUCAUCCAAAACAUUUGGAUUAUUACCUCACAUAAGCUUUGCACAUAAAUCAACAUAUAUAGAAUCAGACACCAAGAAAUAUGAUAAGAUGGCGUUUAAAUAUUUAUCUUGGCUUUUAUUUCCUCUUCUGAUUUCAUAUUCUAUUUACUCGAUGAUUUACCAAGAGCACAAAGGAUGGUAUUCUUUCGUUCUCAACAUUUUAUACGGAUUCUUAUUAACAUUUGGAUUUAUAAUGAUGACUCCUCAAUUAUUUAUAAAUUAUAAAAUGAAAUCGGUAGCGCAUUUGCCAUGGAGGAUGCUAACGUACAAAGCUCUUAAUACUUUUAUAGAUGAUAUUUUUGCUUUCGUAAUUCAUAUGCCCAUCAUGUAUCGAAUUGGCUGCUUCCGAGAUGAUAUCGUAUUCUUCAUAUAUCUCUAUCAACGUUGGAUUUAUAAGAUUGAUAUGAAGAGAGUAAAUGAAUUUGGCACAAGUGGAGAAACUCAUAAAAAUUCGGAUAAAAUUCCAAUCUUAUCAGUUAUUGAUACAAUUCACGAACAUUUACCAAUCACUGACGGUAUUGAGUCAGGAAGCAGCAGAGAUAGCCAAACUUCUGAGGAUUCUUUCGAAAAAAUUAAUAAGCACGAAGUCGAUUUAUCAUUGAAAAAAGAUGAAUUAAUCGACACUCCCAAAACACUAGAUUCGAAAGAAAAUACAAUAAAUUAUAAUAAAGAUAUCGAACAUAAUAUUAAACGUCGAAAUGUACAUAAAAUAGAUUGAAUUCAUUAUAUAUUAUAGAUGUAUCUAAUUUAUCUAUUAAUUUUUUAGCUUUUUACUUAAAAUUUUUAAUGAUCCUCAAAAUAAUUUAUUAUUCGAACAUUAAAAAAGCCUUGUAAAUAUAAUUAUUUCAUAAUGAAUGUUGUACUUACAAAUAUGGCGUUUAACCUAUUUCAUCGUAACUUUGUUUUAAUCAUGUUUUUGAUAACAAUAUACAGAUAUAUUUGAUAUAAUGUAUCUAUUUCUCAAUAUAAUUUUAAUAAAAUAAUUAUAAUAGCAUUUUUUGAAAUAGAUUGUUGAUUCAUAAUUAAUAUCAAGGGCAGGUCACAG